GUCGUAAGUUAACAGUGAGAAAUGCGCUUGUGCGAAUCCCUUCGAGACCGUUAAUUACUUUCCGCGUUUUAAAACGAAUACAACGUAAUGCGGACGGUUGCUGCUGUUAUCGUGUCCGCGCUUUUGACAUUCGCAGUGGAUGGAACCACAAUUGCGCCGCGAGUUGAACAGGUAUUGCCGGCAGAAGUUUCAUUGGCGCGUCUCAACUUCCUGAUUGGAGUUGCUCAGCUGGGCGCUCUCCAUGAAAAUGGCACGUGCUGUGGCAGAGAACUUGAAACUCUGCUGAAGGCUGUUGCUGCCAAAGAGUUUUGGAGCUUAAAAGUGCUCGACUCGUUUGGCGUGGCACCGAAGUCCUUCAAUUGGGGUAAUUACUUUUGGUUUGCUCCACAGUGGCAGUGCAACGACUUGAAUACGCCAUACGUCAUCGCUAUGUCGGCAGACUAUUUGCGUACCUAUAGGUUUAAUCCGUUCAAUGUUACAUCACCUGUGCGCCUGCGCCUCACCAUGGUUUAUAUGCGUUUCUCCACGCCCCGUUAUAUUGAUGUGAGACUUCCGUAUGAGUCUAUCAUUCAUAUCGGUUUAUGUUUACCACAAUCCUGCUCGGUGGCAAGUCUGCGUCGAUACACCGACGAAUACUUUCAGCGCGGCGAUUUUAUGAUGCAAAGAGAGUGGGAACUGCAAAUGCACGCAGUCGCGGCCAGAGUACCGUCUUUUGGCCUAAAUUUCUUUCAACAAACCGGAACCUUAAUUGCGAUCGUCAUUCUCACCACACUGGUUUUACUCAUCGCAUUAGCUGAAAUUGUGCAUCGCUCCGAAGAGCAACUAAAGCUACAGCAAUUCAUGCAUACAAAAGCUCCAAUUGCCACAACCAAAGCGAGUACCGUGCAUAUGGAAAACUUUCCGGUGCAGCCACCAAGAGAUACUUGCGCUGCUGAAAGCUCUACAACUGAGGAACUUUUGUUGUGCUUCCGUUUAAGUGAGAAUUUUAAGCGCGCCCUCCAACUGGAGCCCGCUAGCUCAAAUUCGAAUUUUUUGUGCGUUAUUGCCGGCGUGCGUAGCAUUAUUUGUUUGUGGGUUUCCACUUUUCACGUGUACUACUAUUCAGUGUUCGCACUGUCCAACGCACCGAUGCUCUUCGUGGCGAUGGGAAAUUUUCUAAAUCAACCACUUUUGCAGGCCAUCUUUUUUGUGGACGUUUUCUUUGUUAUAAGCGCUCUACUACUUGUCUACAAUUUUCUCUCCUCCCAGACGAGGCUAAAAGAAAUUCGUAACAAUAAUUUCCCGCAAAAUAUAAAAUUAUUUGGAAGACUUUUAUUGCAACGGUAUUUGCGACUAACGCCGAUGUUGAUCAUAACAAUGGUCCUUACUGAUGUCAUUUACGAUUUGAUCAACACUUAUUCCCCCUUUUAUUUGGGCGCGAACAGCGGCUAUUACUGCAAGCAACGUUGGUGGCACAAUGUACUCUACAUACAAAACUUUCUUGAUAUGAAGGAUAUUUGCUGCUCCUGGACUUGGUAUUUGGCGUGUGAAAUGCAGUUCUACAUACUGAUAACAGCUUUGUUGUUCUUGUAUGCUAAAAGCGAACGUUUUGCUAAAAUCUCCUUCGUGACAUUGGUCGUUGGCUUUCCUGUGGUCGGUUGGUUAUGCAAUUACUACAAUGACAUUACAUUUGACAUAGACAAACUCCAUUCAACGCUGAAUCAGCUGUACGUGAAGCCAUGGGUGCGUAUCAACCCUUAUCUCGGAGGGGCUCUUUGCGGCUGGUUGCUGCAUAAUAAUAGCCAGCGGCGACAUCAACGAUACCAUAAUCAUCAACAAGAGCCGCAGUCCGAGCAGCAGCAGAAGCCUCAGCCUCAACCGCAAACGCAGACUGACUCGCACGUGCAACGUCAACACCAACAACAACAACAACAGCAGCAGCAUGUAGAGAAACAAUUGCAACAAAAUCAACUUCAACAAUCAUCCCACCGCCAACAACAAUGUGCUGCAACGACGGCCACUGCAACUGCCGAUACGUCGGCGAGAAAUAAUAUUAGUUGGUGGCAUGCGGCUUUUUGGCUUUUCAUCGCCCUCGUCUAUGCGGUGGCAAAUUUCAUGAGCUACUGGCGCAACACACCCACAUGGCUGGUGGCGACAAUUAUGUCCUUUGGCAAAUUGCUUUUCGCACUCUCCAUCGGCGGCGGCAUUCUGAUUUGCGCCUGGGGACACGGUGGCCGUUUGAACGCCUUGCUGAGUGCGCGCUUCUUUCGGCUGCUGAAUAAAUUCUGCUAUAGCAUUUAUUUGCUAACGCCCGUAAUUACAUUGGUCGCCUAUGGUUUGCGCAAUGAACCGACCAGCUUCAAUGAAGCUGCCUCCGGCUCGGACUUUAUUGCGGUGAAUGUGGUGGCGGUGCUGUCUUCGUGUUUGAGCUAUGUAUUGGUGGAGUUGCCAGUGCAGAGAGUGUGCAACAAAUUGUUGCAUAAACGAAGAUAGAAGGAAUAAAAUGGCAUAAAUGAAACUAGACGCAAAACAUCUGCAUACAAACAUACAUACAUACUCGUAUAUUAAUAUGUAUAAAAUUCAUUUAUCAAUGAAUAAUUAUAUCAGCCACAUAAGACUUUAUUUCUUCUAAUAUAUUUUAUAAGAAUAAGACACUUAAUUUUUUACAAAUAAAUUUUAAUCACUCAGUUUUU